AUGAAGAGAUCUUUUAGAUCAAUAAAAACAUUACGUGUGAAUUAUUUUAUGAAGAAUAAAAGAAUAUAUCAUAGCAGUAGUAAUAAUACAUAUGAUGAAAAGGAGAAAAAAUUUUUUAAUGAGCAAGAUAAAGAAUGGUGGUAUGAUGAUUAUGAUAAUGAAAAUAAUACACAAGAAAAUAAGACAUGUAUAAAAACAAGAUGGAAAAAUCUAUUUGAUGAGAUUAUUGGUAAAAAUAUAUAUAGUUUACACGAUUAUAAUAAGAAACGGUUUGAUUUUAUUUUUAAAAAUUAUGAAUUUCUAUAUUAUAAAAAUAUAAAAGAUCACAUGAAUAAAAAAGAGAUAAAUAUUUUAGAUAUAGGGUGUGGUGGAGGUAUUUUAUGUGAAUAUAUAGAAAAAAAUAUUUUUUAUUUUUUAUUAAAAAAUGUUGAUAAUGUUGAUUUAAUAAAGGAUAUACAAAUAAAUAUUGAUGGUAUAGACGUAUCAGAAAAAUUAAUAAAUGUAGCUAUCAAAAGACAACAAAUAAAUAGAGAUACAUAUAAACAUUUACAUAUCAACCUUAAUUAUAUGAACUGUGAUUUAAAUGAUUAUGUGAAUAUUCAUAACAAUAAUAAAUUUAAAAAAAAAUAUGAUAUAAUUAUAUCUUCUGAGGUUAUUGAGCAUGUCCCAAAUAACAAAAAGAAUAUGUUCGUAAGUUAUAUAAAUAAAUUAUGUACGAAAAACACCUUGGUUGUUUUUACAACAAUAAAUAAAAAUUACCUUGCUUAUUUAUAUACAAUAAUGUUGGGAGAAAAAAUAUUCGGAAUGAUGAAGAAGGGGACACAUGACUACGACAAAUUUAUAGAUAAUGAACAGCUUGAUAAACUCUGCAGGGACUAUAAUUUAUAUAAUAUAAAAACGGAACAUGUAUUAUACCUUCCUUUUUUUAGAAAUUAUUUCCAGACAUAUAAAUUAAAUCUUUUAUAUCUUUCAUCUUUUAUUUAUUCUGGAAAUCAUCUCUAA